CGGAUCUAGGCUAUUUCGAAUUCCAUGUGGAAUUCACGUUUCACAUAUAAUCAUGAAUAACUUCGAGGAAAUUACAUUUGGAAAAUUGUCUAAUGCGGGUGGAUUUUCACAAAAAGAACAUCCAGCAAAUCUUUUGUACUUAACAUGGGAUCUCCAUGACGGUUAUGACAAAAAUGAUAAAGACAAACCUAUGGGCGUACGAUCAGAUUAUAUUCGCAUGCUUUAUGAGGAGCGAUUUAAAUAUAAAUUAACUAAGUAUCAACGGCCUAUUCGAUCACGAUGGCUAUAUGAACUAAUUUGUGCCGAACAAUACUUAGAGCGAAGAAACAUUCAUAUACAAUUUGCAGAAUAG